GGCUUAGCCACCAACCUUGUCAGAAUGGCCCACGCAUCUAAAACGACUCUCUUUCGUUCCCGCUUGGCCAAUAGCUUGGAUGCAUUGGCCCGACAAGCUGUGAGGAUGGAAGUGGUGGAAGUACCAUUGUCGGCAAAGGUUGAUCAGAACAGAGCUGUUCUGAAUCUUUGCAGCAGCGAUUUGCAGAACUCGGACGGGCAAGAAUUGAUUUUGAGCAUGCUCAACAAUGAUUGGGGCUGCCCUUUGAACAAUGGUUCUUUGCUACACUUCUGCAAGCCAAAUUGUUGCAAGACAAAAGAGGACUUCCAGUUCAAAAUGCGGCAGGCGCUCGAG